AUUUUUUAUAGUUAAACCUCGUCUUAAACCUCGUAUACGGUUUUUCUCAUAGUCGUCAAGGAGUUGCGUGACCGCGCCAGUGUCGUCCCAACAUUCGCCUCUAAUUUACCGCGAAUGUACGGCUACCAACCCCAUUAUCACCGUGGCGGUGCCGGAAACCGCCCCCGGCAGCCGGCUCCGCAACAGCCUCAGAACGCUGCCGUCGGAUUUCAAAACCCUAACCCGUUUCCUCCGUACGGUUCCCACCGUCCGAACACAAACGGUGCUCCGGCAUGGCUUGGCAUCACUCCCCAGCAGCUGCCCCAAACGCAGAACCCUAACUUCCCAAUCCAAAACGCUAUCGGCUUCGCACCGCAGUGGCCUCAAGCUCCCAAUCCAAAACAGGCCAUCAUCGAGCAGCUUGACCGCGCCGCCGCCACCGCCUGCCGAGACUUCCUCGCCGCCGGAGAAUAUGUCUCUGCGUGGAAUGUUUCCCAGAAAGCUCUUUUGGCACUCCAGGUUGAUUCUUGGAACACUUUGGGCAUUAAAAUGCAGCAGGUUCCCUCGCUUCACCGACUCAUGAUCACUGAAGGCAAGGUGAAUGCUUUUGUGCAUUGCUUUGUUGGGGUCCGAAGAAUCACUUCAUUGUAUGAUUUGAAAAUGGCAAUAUGCAGGAAUGAAGGUGUUGCGGAAUUUGAAGCACUGGGUUUGGGACCUUUUUUGCGGCAGCCUUUGGUAAUGCAUUAUUUCUCAGUUAGUCCUGAAGCUACUGAAGUGUUUGAGAUAACGAGUGGGGAGAUAGUAAAGUUUCUAAGUGAGUUUUUAGAUGUCUCCGGGAGUAAAGAAAUUAAAGCUGAAGAAUUUUUGGAUUUUAUUGCCAAGAAGCAAUUGGUCAAAUGUAGGGAAUGGCUUGGCAUUCGGAUUCACAACUUGGGAAUGCAUAUAGCUGCCAUACGGGAAGCUAGGAAUUUUGAGGAAUCAACACUGGAGAAAUGCUUGAAGACUUUAAAAGUGAAAAGGGAGAAGAUCAGCAAGCAUCCUAUUUCUUCCUCUCAGAAGAAACAGUUAGAUGAACGUUUUAGUGCCAUAGCUCAGCGUGUUGAGUCAUUCUCUUCUGUGGAAAAGUCUUUUCGUGGGAAGCAUAUAAGAUUUACUUCAUCAAGCUCAGAAGAUGAAGACUGCGAUUAUUCUACAGAGGAUGAUCAAAAUCAAGAUAAUGACAUUAUUAAGAGCAGCUGCUCAAUUUCAACGUCACAAUUUGGAAAAAGUUCAGAACGAGUGAGUACUUGUCCUUACCCAUCUGCAACUGAAGAGAUGGAACGACUUCGGGUGAGGUGUGAUCCACAGGCACAACUGCAUCUGGAUAGCAGCCAAAAACAGGAACUUGGUGGACCACCUAGGAAAAAACAAAAAUCCGAGAAUGCAACUUCAAAAUCUGCUCCUUCUAAAUUGCUUAAGAAAGAAAAAAUUGAAUCUGAUGCAAACCGGAUCAAGAAUGGUACCACAGCCAAGGUAGCAACUGACACGAGUGAAGAUCUUUCAAUGGAUAAUGAUUCUUUGCGGAUGUUUGUCACAACCUGGAAAGAAGCAUGUAGGGAGCACAACGUUGCUGAGGUUUUGGAGAGGAUGCUUCGAUUUUAUGAAGUAAAACCACGUCGAAGGAACAAGGUCAGAAUGAUGUUCUCAUCAUAUCCUUUCAUCGGGUUACUGAAUGCAGCUGUUUCAUCUAUCAAAUCUGGAACAUGGAACAGCAUCUAUGAUACCUUACAAGCUAUUGGCCAUGAUGAUUUAACUAACUCUUUGACCACGAGUUCUGAAUACGAGACCAUAGAUAUUGGACCAAGCCUAGACUAUGUACCACUCCCUACAAAGGACAGUGCAAAGAAUACACAGAGUGUUUCUGAUGAAGAUGUUAUCAGAAAGAUUUCAACCUAUUUUGACUUCGAUAAUGAAGUAUAUAGAAAUUGUAACUCACCACUUGAACAUGGAUUUAUGUUGUUGAGGAAGUUUUAUAAAUGUGAAGAUUGGGUGUCUGAGCAAUUUGGGGUGAAGAAUUUUAAUUCUCUUGGCUAUGGGGAUUUCUUAUCAUUUGUUGAGAAGUAUGUUCACCACCUGCCUCAUGAACUACUCAAAUUGCUAGUUGGUAGCACAUGUGGAAAGUCCUCUUUGGAAGCUUGCAUGUCCUCGAAUCAGUUGGCCUUUUUGGUAUCUCAGGCUCUUAGUGGUUUAUGGGAUAAAGAAAAGAUAACUAAGAAGAUGAUUUCCAUGCUGCUUAUCAGACAGUUUCCUUCAGUUAAUUUUGAUGUGAUGGAAAAUGGUGCACUUGAGGAUUUUCUGGGGUCUAUUGGGGAGCAGAAGUCUUCUGUGACUUCAAAAUGUGUUCUCUUUUCUGCAGCAAUUAUUCAAAAGUACCACUUUGAAGACUCAUUAUGUGAUGGAGAUAAUUUGUGUAAGAUCUCCACAGAUAACUUGCAGAUGAUACAGAAAACAAGCUCCGAAACUGUUAUAGCAAAAAAGGCAAUUGAAGUCUUACUUAAGGCACCUAUGUUGUCUGACUUGAGCAAGUGGUCUCACUGGGAUUUUGUCUUUGCACCCUUCUUAGGCUCUCUUACAUCAUGGUUGUUGAAUGAUGUGAAUACCAAGGAAUUGUUGUGCUUGGUUACCAAAGAUGGAAAGGUGAUACGGUUAGAUCAGUUGGCUACACUAGACUCAUUUCUGGAGGCUGCAGUUCAGGGAUCUUCUUUCCAAACAGCUGUGAAUUUGCUAUCUCUGGUCUCAUUAGUUGGUGGAGAAAAAUAUGCUCCAUUGUCACUUUUAAAAUGCCAUGCUCAGCGUGCGUUCGAAGUCAUGUUCAGAAACUCAAUUGAAAAUAUUGAAGUUAGUAAUGGCAAUGCUCUCCAGUCUGAUGGAGCUCUGUGUAAAAUGAAAAUGUUAAGUGAAUUUUCAACUACAAAGAUGACAAGUGAGUUCAACAAACAAAUGCAUAAACUGAGUAGCGUAGUGUCUACUUUGUCAAGAUUUACCCUUAAGUGCCUCGGUUUUCUGCCUGCUGAGUUCCAUAGUUUUGCUGCUGAUGUGUUACUUUCUGGAAUGCAAUCUGUUUCCAAGGAUGCUGCUUCAGCAAUUUUAUGUGAAUGCAUCAAUAUGGAGCAACGUCUCAUGCUUCAUGAAGUAGGAUUUUCUCUGGGUAUUACUGAGUGGAUUAAUGAUUAUAAUUCUCUUAUUUCAAAUGAUGCUUCGGACUUGUCUUGUGCUGGUUCAUCAUGCAUAAAAGAUGCUAAGACUGAAAAAAGUACAGGCCUGAAACAUGAUCAAGCCAUUGUCGAUAAAACUUCUGUGCCACAAGCAGAAGUGGCUUCUUCACCUCAGGCUGUUGGGUUCAAUGAAAGGGGUGAAAAUUCUAAUGUUCAAUCUAUUGGUUGCCCCGAAGAUGCAUUCCAACAUGUUGAAGAUACUGAUGCAGCCUUGGUCAUUGAAUCAAUUAGGCGAGACGAAUUUGGUCUAGAGCCUAGCCUUUCUGAUGUUGAGAAUUGCAUGUUGCAGAAGCAGCAUGCUCGAUUGGGGAGAGCACUGCAUUGCCUUUCACAAGAGCUAUAUUCCCAGGAUUCACAUUUUAUUCUUGAAUUGGUUCAAAAUGCAGAUGAUAAUACUUAUCCAGAUAAUGUCGAACCAACACUAACAUUUAUUCUUCAAGAUUCUAGGAUUGUUAUAUUGAAUAAUGAGAGGGGUUUCUCUGCUCAAAAUAUGAGAGCACUUUGUGAUGUUGGAAAUUCAACAAAGAAAGGAUCUAAUGCUGGUUACAUAGGGAAGAAAGGCAUUGGCUUCAAGUCUGUGUUCCGUGUGACAGAUGCUCCAGAGAUUCAUUCCAACGGUUUUCAUGUUAAAUUUGACAUCAGCGAAGGACAGAUUGGUUUUGUUUUACCCACAGUAGUACCUCCUUGUGAUACUUGCCUGCUCAGUAGAAUGGCAUCUACUGAUACCGAUUCAUGUGAUGAUAAACAUUGGAACACAUGCAUAGUGCUGCCAUUGAAGUCUCAUCUUCCAGAAGGGAGUGUUGUGAAUAGCAUUAUGACUAUGUUUUCAGAUAUUCAUCCUUCAUUACUACUAUUUCUUCACCGCCUGAAGUGUAUCAAGCUAAGAAACUUGCUUAAUGAUACACUUAUUGUUAUGAAAAAGGAAAUUUCAGAAGAUGGUAUCAUUAAAGUGUCUCAUGGGAAAGAGAAAAUGGCAUGGUUUGUUGUAUCUGAGAAGUUGCAGACGAAGUCUUUUCGCUUUGAUGUGAAAACAACUGAAAUCUCUAUGGCAUUUACGCUACAGGAAUCAGAUGAUGGAUACAGUCCAUGUCUAGAUCAGCAGCCCGUUUUUGCGUAUCUUCCUUUAAGAACAUAUGGCCUGAAAUUUAUUCUUCAAGGUGAUUUUGUUCUUCCAUCAUCUAGGGAAGAAGUUGACGGAGAUAGUCCAUGGAAUCAGUGGUUAUUGUCAGAGUAUCCUAGUUUAUUUGUCAGAGCACUGAGAGAGUUUUGCGUGCUUCCCUGUUUUAGGAAUGAACCAGGAAAGGGGUUGUCUGCUUUCAUGAGUUUUGUCCCUUUAGUUGGGGAAGUGCAUGGUUUUUUCUCUAGUCUUCCUCGUCAGAUUAUUUCUAAACUGCGAUUGAUGAGUUGUUUACUUGUUGAAGGUGACCACAAUCAAUGGUCUCCUCCAUGCAAGGUAUUGAGAGGAUGGACAGAGCAGGUGCGCAAUCUACUUCCUGAUAAUAUACUUCUUGAACACCUUGGGCUUAGAUACUUGGAUAAAAAUACAGUAUUAUCUGAUACACUAGCAAGGGCACUAGGCAUUGAGGAGUUUGGCCCAAACAUUCUUAUUAGAGUGCUGUCGUCUUUAUGUCACACUAAGAGUGGGAUGAUAUCAAUGGGUAUGAGUUGGUUGGCUUCUUGUCUAAACACACUCUAUGUAACAAUAUUCAAUUCAUCUGGCUCAAUGUCAGCUAAUUCUGAAAUAAGAGAAGAUAUUCUUCAAUGUCUUCAAAAGCUUCCAUUUAUUCCACUUUCAGAUGGUACAUAUAGUUCAGUGGAUGAAGGCACCAUAUGGCUGCAGUCCAAUACAUCAAGCAUAAGUUUUAACAGCAAGCAUAACCUGGAAGCUUUCCCUAAUAUAUGUGCUAAACUAAGGACUGUAAACCCCACCCUUUUUCCCACCUCUUCUACCGAUACUUCAAGCUUGAAUGCAACUAUCCUGGACAAUGUUACACGGUUACUUCAAAGUAUUGGUGUUCAACAGUUGUCUGUACAUGAUGUUGUGAAGCUUCAUAUUUUACCAGCUUUGUCAGAUGAAACAAUGGCAAACAAGAACAAAGUUUUGAUGGUGGAAUAUUUAUGUUUCUUAAUGCUGCACCUAACAACUACCUGUUCAGAUUGUGUCAUUGAAAAGGAGCAUAUAAUCUCAGUGUUACGGGGUAAAUCUUUGUUAUUGACAAACUGUGGCUUUAAAUGUCCUGCUGAGGUUCCAAUUCAUUUCUGUGCCGGAUUAGGAAAUCCUGUCAGUCCAAAAAAGUUGGCUGAUUUUGUGAACAUGAGGUGGCAUGAGAUAGACAUAAGCUAUUUGAAGCACCCAGUUAAUGAGUCGUUUUCUUCUGCCUGGAUGAAAUGGAGGGAAUUUUUUGAGAAAAUUGGUGUCACAGAUUUUGCCCAAGUAGUCCAGGUGGAUAAGAGUGUUGCUGAUGUAUCUGACAUCACUUUUAAGCAUGCAAUGUGGGAUAGGGGUUUAAUCUCACCUGAUUCUAGAGUCAUUGAUUGGGAAUCCCCAGAAAUACUGCAUUUAGUAUCCUUAUUGUCUAAAAGUGGCAAUCAAGAAAAUUGUAAAUAUCUCUUGGAGGUUCUUGAUAGAUUAUGGGAUGCCUGCUAUGCUGAUAAAACUAUAGGUUACUUCUCUAAUUCUGACGGAGAUAGAUGUCCCUUUAAGUCUGCAUUUUUGUGCAAGUUAUGUGAUGUGCAGUGGGUAGCAUCAUCCAUGGAUGGUGAGCUUCACCAUGCUAAAGAUUUAUUUUACGAUUGUGAAUCAGUCCGGAUGAUCCUUGGAGCCUUUGCACCAUAUGCUUCCCCAAAGGUGAAAAGUGAAAGAUUGGUAAAUGAUUUAGGGUUCAAGACAAGAGUAACUCUUGGUGACAUUUUAGAUAUUCUUAAAGCUUGGAGAAAAAACUUACCAAAUUCUCCAUUCAAGGCCAGCAUAAGACAAAUGUCCAAAUUGUAUUCAUUCGUUUGGAAUGAAAUGGUAGCUUCAAAGCAGAAAACCAUGGAAGAUUUGAUGUCUGGACCUUUCAUAUUUGUCCCCUACUCAUCUGUCUCUAGUGAUGAUGAUGUUGUAUGUGGAACAUUUUUGUAUCCAAAUGAAGUCUAUUGGCAUGAUUCAACUGGCUCUGUUCAGGAAAUGAAGGAGUUCCAUCCUCAAUGCAGUUCAUCUCUUUCCCCUAUAAACAAGUCAUUGUGCACUAUUUACCCUGGCCUUCGUGGAUUCUUUGUCGAGGAGUGUGGAGUACAAGAGUCACCUCCUCUACGAAGCUAUAUUCAAAUUUUGCUGCAGUUAUCAACUGCCACUUUACCAUCACAAGCAGCAGAUAAGACUUUCCAAGUUUUCCUCAAGUGGGCAGAUGGAUUAAAAUCUGGUUUGCUGAGUCUCGAGGAUGUCAUAUAUUUGAAAGAUUGUCUUUCCAAACUGGAAUUCCCAGUGCUUCCUACUGUGCAAGAUAAGUGGGUUUCAUUACAUCCUUCCUUUGGCCUUGUGUGCUGGUCUGAUGAUAAGAAGUUGAAAAAAGAAUUUAAGCAUUCAGAUAACAUUGACUUUCUGUACUUUGGUGAGCUAACCAAGGAUGAUAAAGAACAGGUUCAAAAUAAAAUCUCCAACCUCAUGAAAAACUUAGGUAUUCCUGCAAUCUCAGAGGUUGUAACUCGUGAAGCAAUAUAUUACGGUCUUGCUGAUUGUAGCUUGAAAGAGUCAUUGAUUAACUGGAUCCUGCCAUAUGCUCAGCGCUACAUUCUUAAACUUCACAGUGCUAGAUAUGCUCAACUCAAGCAGUCCAAUUUCGAUAUUGUGAUGCGGCUCAAAAUUAUUGUUGUCGAGAAGCUUUUUUAUAGGAAUGUUAUAAAGAGUUGUGGCAGUGCAUCAACAAAUCGAGUUGAAUGUAGUUGUCUUCUGCAGGAAAACGUCCUGUACACCACCCAAGAAUCAGAUUAUCAUUCUAUGUUUAUGGAGCUUUCUAGUUUAUUAUUUGAUGGGACUUCUGAAUUACAUUUUUCAAAUUUCCUUCAUAUGAUAACAACCAUGGCAGAAUCUGGGUCUUCUAAGGAGCAAAUAGAAUUUUUUAUAGUAAAUAGCCAAAAAGUGCAUAAACUUCCAGAUGAAGAACCUGUUUGGGAACUGUCUUCUGUGUCAACACUGGAAGAGGCAGGCAAGGUGCUUCCCUUGGAUCAAGCGCCAUCAGUAAAUGGACAGCUCUUUACAAGAAGAAAGGCUGGGGUCAACAAAAACUGGCCGCCUGCUGAUUGGAAAACUGCACCAGAUUUUAAUUAUGCGCGUGCCAAUGGUUUGAAGACACAAGCCCCUGGGAUUAACAACUUCACUGAAGCAACAAAGGAUGAUAAUUCUGAAAGCACUACUGAUCGACCUGUUUGUGCUGAGCAAGCAUCACUUUCUUUUGAUUGGACCAUUAAAGAUGACCAGCCGGCAAAUUCGGUGGCAUUAAUGUUGCAUGAGAAUAACAACUUAGAAGUUCAAUCCUAUCAUGAUUUUGAUCCGAGUGCUUUUGCCGUCCAUACUGGAUCUGAUCCUGUUUGCUUAGAUGAACCUCUAGAUGAAGUUAACAAAAAUUCAUCAUCAGUUUUUAGCAGGAGAGAUCGACUUCAAUAUGGCGCAUUUGAUGCAGUGCAAGCAAAGGCAACAGGCAGAUUAGGUGAACUUCUUGCAUGCAAAUACUUUGUUGAGAAAGUUGGAAAGGAUGCUGUAAAGUGGGUCAAUGAAGUUAAAGAAACAGGAUAUCCAUAUGACAUAGUCAUCGGGGAGGAGAGCAAUAUAGAGUACAUAGAAGUUAAAGCAACCAGAUCCCCAAGAAAAGACUGGUUCAACAUAACGACAAACGAAUGGCAGUUUGCGUUUGAUAAAGGUGAAUCCUUUAGCAUUGCAUUUGUAGCAAUAAUGGAAAAUAAUAUUGCAAAGGUCACAAUAUUCAAAAAUCCUGUGAAGUUAUGCCAUAUUGGUCAGCUGCAAUUGGCUGUCAUGAUGCCAAGACAACAGAAGCAGUUGCCUCCUAGCUGCCAUUCCUAAUUUAUUAUGCUGUUUAGAUGGAUUUGAUAAAGUCAGAUUCCCAGUUUCAAGGCCACUCCUUUCUGGAGCCGGCCAGAGGCAUGCUUGUUGGGAAGUUUUGUUUUAAUUGCUGAGACUUGAGAAGAUUAAUUAUGAACUCAACCAUGCAAGAUUUGUCACAUAAACUUUUUGCACCGGGAUCGGGUGCUCUGCAUAUAACAGUUAUCUCGAACUUCCCACAUCAAGGGUCCUGGGGCAAAUAAUGUGGGGACACCUCAACAGCACUGUAUCUGUAUGUAUUUUCUUAUUCCAAGAUUUUCCAGUUUUAAUACAAAUCUCUCAUUCUUUGGAAAAGGUUCAUUUCAGCUAUAUUGUGUUUGUCUCAAAAGCAUGGCUGUCAAUAGGUGCUAUUUUUAUCCUUGAUUAUCUUUCCAUUUGUUAGGCAAGUGCAAGGGUUCAUCUUGUUGUGGAUGUAAAUACUAAAUAGUAAAUACACGACCUUUUAAAUCUUACUUGAUUUAGGAUCCGAAAUUGUUCUCGAUCUAGCACGCAGUUGGGGAAAUGUUAAACCGCUUGCUUUUGCCAUAAUAAACGUAGUUAUUGUCA